AUAACAGUGUUCUUGAGCUUUAUUUGCGAAGUCAAAGGAGUUGGAAGAACUAUUUUCAGUUCACGCGUUUCCUUAAGUCUGGCUUCAUGGUUCACGAGAUGUCGGAAAGAGCGGAUUCGCCUACAGGCGAAAGAACGGAAGAAAAUUCCCGUAGCGGAAUUCAAGAUGGAGAUAUUACCAUCGCAAAACUGCGAACAUUUUCAAGAUCUCUGGAAAAUCUAACAUCAGAGACACUGUACAGUAAGUGGAAACGGGCACGGGGCGAAGGCAUUAACAGGUCCGCUAGCCGACCACGGAGUAUUUCCCUCAUAACACCGCCUAACAUCUCACGUGAAGAGAAACAGCAGCCUAGUAAGCCAACCAGGAAAAACAGCUUCCAUGUUUUACAAGAAAACGUUUUCAGACCACGUUGUUGGACCAUAGCGAGCCCCAUGGAAGUUAUCCGAGAGCAUAAUGUAAUGCACGUGUUUGACUUAAACAACAACAACGACGGCAGGAAUAACAACACACCGGCCCUAAAGACGCGAAGACUUGGAAGGCAGUUCAGAGUAACACUUGAGAUCCCUCAGAAACAACACAGUCCCCCUCCACCAGCUAGUAAAAUGGAGAAGGAGCACUUACUCGGAGAGGAAAUGAAACCGGUGUCUGAAAGACGAAGAGAACAGGGUGAUGGUAAACAAGUAGUCGAACCAACUUCGGAAAUUUUCGUAGAGGCUUCGCAAAAGUUACGAAGAGUUUCCGAAGGUGGACGAAAGGACGACGACCCCCCAAUAGUUGCACGACUUCUGAGCGAAGAAGAUGCAGCUUCCACGAUGGCGGACUCAUUCCCUAGGAGACCUAUCAGCAAUUUGUUUGUUGAAACAGUGAGAAUCGCGGUUCCGCAACAAUCAGCGAGCAUGCCUGCAUCGCCAAACUUCCUAUUGCGACAGGAUUGUGAAAAAGCGUGGGAUACAGUCGAUGGCGCAGACGAACAUCCUGGGGGGCUGAAAAACACCGUUGUCAAAGGCCCAUCUGAAAUGACAACAAACAAUGAAAGGUCAAAAUCAUUACAGAAUACUUUCUCACUCGGUUGCACUUAUGCCGUGAUUAGCCAACCAUCACGAGCGAAAGAAAACAGUGUUAAACAAACAACUAAAAUGAACAGUACAGUAAUCAGCAAAGAGCAGCGAGCCGAACUAGAGGAGGAGUAUAAAAAGUUGAAGAAAGUUUCCCUUGAAUUCGAUAGAGCUGAGUUCGAAGAAGGAUUAAGCAAGCCUUAUAGUUUAUCCGAAGCGGGUACAAAAGAAAUUUCAGAGUCACAACCGCUUAGACGAUUCUCAGAACUGAACGAUCCCACUGCACGAAACAUUUCAUCAAAUCGACCAACUGCUAAAGCUAUUCUGGAGAACAUCACAAAUGUCGCCCACAAAACAGAGAAACAGCGAAUUCAGAAUAUCGAGAAAGCUUUCGAAUGGAUUAGGAAAGAACUUGCCGAACUUCGCGCACAAGAUAAAGACAUCAUGCGAACAUUUUCGAUGAUCCAAGCCGGAAUAAGGAAAAUAAAACUUCAACGCGCGUUAAGCGGUGAUUUGGACGAGCCGUACGAAUACGACAUUGUGGACCACUCUGUGGAUUUGAGCGCUAGUUUUUCGUACGUUCCUUUAGUUAAAGAAUUUCAUAAUGCAUUCCCAAGACGAGCUAGUCUUAUCUAAACAGACUUUACAGUUAGGGGUUAAGAGUUACAACAUUUUAUGAGUUAAGACUGAGAGAGGGCAAACAAAGGACUAUUUACUUCAGAAUUAGCAAGAAGUCUGGAUUACCAGUUUAGCUGUUGAAUUAAGUUGAAACUCGUUUGUUAGAAAAUAUUUUAUUCGUUGAGUGUGUUUAACCACUAGGUUAUCGAUGUGUUGAUUUUAUUAUAGUUUGGAUUUCUCAGAAGGCACUGUAGAUGAUAUUCAGAUUCAAAGUUUCAAUGUAAACAUAUCACAGAAGUUUAACUAAGAAGUCCUGAGAGCGUUUGUGCUGUGUUAUCAUUUCUUGAAUAAAAAUUAUUUAGAAAUUGAGGUCAGAUCUCAACCACGUGGUAAAGUUAUAUAUUUUCCCUGCGGUUAGGUUAACACGAUUUUAAGUCACCUCGGAACGAUAGUCACGUGUAUUCUAAUAACCUCGUUUGAAGCCAAUUAGGUACAUCCAAAAUUUUUCCUCGCUGAUAAUUAAUGACUGCCUUUUGGUUGAACUCCCUAGGCGCCCGCUACAGAAUUUUCUUUUGUUUGAAGGAAUUAGAGUGAACACAAUGGGUCAGGGUUCGACUCGGAAGCAGUUUGUUUGCGUUACUACAACAUGAAAGUUUUGUUACUUGUAAUGGGUGAUGCCUUCAGUCUGUAGAAUCAGUGCAAAUAAUCAUUUUGUCGAUAAAAUGUCAAUAGCACAAUGAUUGUUUUAAUGAAAAGGAAAUCUGUUAAGUACUGUCUAAG